CGCCUGGGCGCCGCACGCUCCCGUCCUCGGCUCUGCGCUCCCCCACCGGGCCCAGCCGGCCCAGCGCCCCCUCCCGGACCCCGCCGCCCUCCCCCGCGCCCCCGGCGUCCGCGGUCCCCCCCCCCACCGUAAGUCCCGCUGCACUGUGGGUAGGCGGCGGCGGCGGCGGCGGCGCUGAGGGGCCGGCGGCCGAGCGAGGCCGCGCGCGCCGAAGAUGGCUGAGAAGCAGAAGCACGACGGGAGGGUGAAGAUAGGACACUACGUCCUGGGGGACACGCUGGGCGUCGGCACCUUCGGCAAAGUGAAGAUUGGAGAACAUCAAUUGACAGGCCAUAAAGUGGCAGUUAAAAUCUUAAAUAGACAGAAGAUUCGCAGUUUAGAUGUUGUUGGAAAAAUAAAACGAGAAAUUCAAAAUCUAAAACUCUUUCGUCAUCCUCAUAUUAUCAAACUAUACCAGGUGAUCAGCACUCCCACAGAUUUUUUUAUGGUAAUGGAAUAUGUGUCUGGAGGUGAAUUAUUUGACUACAUCUGUAAACAUGGACGGGUUGAAGAGAUGGAAGCCAGGAGGCUCUUUCAGCAGAUUCUGUCUGCGGUGGAUUACUGUCACAGGCACAUGGUUGUUCAUCGAGACCUGAAACCAGAGAACGUGCUAUUGGAUGCACACAUGAAUGCCAAGAUAGCUGAUUUUGGAUUAUCUAAUAUGAUGUCAGAUGGUGAGUUUCUGCGAACUAGUUGUGGAUCUCCAAAUUAUGCAGCACCUGAAGUCAUCUCAGGCAGAUUGUAUGCGGGUCCUGAAGUUGAUAUCUGGAGCUGUGGUGUUAUCUUGUAUGCUCUUCUUUGUGGCACCCUCCCAUUUGAUGAUGAGCAUGUACCUACCUUAUUUAAGAAGAUCCGAGGGGGUGUUUUUUAUAUCCCAGAAUAUCUCAAUCGUUCUGUUGCCACUCUCCUGAUGCAUAUGCUGCAGGUUGACCCCCUGAAACGAGCCACUAUCAAAGACAUAAGAGAACAUGAAUGGUUUAAACAAGAUUUGCCCAGUUACUUAUUUCCUGAAGACCCCUCCUAUGAUGCUAACGUCAUUGAUGAUGAAGCUGUGAAAGAAGUGUGUGAAAAAUUUGAGUGUACAGAAUCAGAAGUAAUGAACAGUUUAUAUAGUGGAGACCCUCAAGACCAGCUUGCAGUGGCUUAUCAUCUUAUCAUUGACAAUAGGAGAAUAAUGAACCAAGCCAGUGAGUUCUACCUCGCCUCUAGUCCUCCAACUGGUUCUUUUAUGGAUGAUAGUGCCAUGCAUAUCCCCCCAGGCCUGAAACCCCAUCCAGAAAGGAUGCCACCUCUUAUAGCAGAUAGCCCCAAAGCGAGAUGUCCAUUGGAUGCACUGAAUACAACUAAGCCCAAAUCAUUAGCUGUGAAAAAAGCCAAGUGGCAUCUUGGAAUCCGAAGUCAGAGCAAACCAUAUGACAUUAUGGCUGAAGUUUACCGAGCAAUGAAGCAACUGGAUUUUGAAUGGAAGGUAGUAAAUGCAUACCAUCUUCGUGUAAGAAGAAAAAAUCCAGUGACUGGCAAUUAUGUGAAAAUGAGCUUACAACUUUAUCUGGUUGACAACAGGAGCUAUCUUUUGGACUUUAAAAGCAUCGAUGAUGAGGUAGUGGAGCAGAGGUCUGGUUCCUCAACACCUCAGCGAUCCUGUUCUACUGCUGGUUUACACAGACCAAGAUCAAGUUUUGAUUCUACAACUGCAGAGAGCCAUUCACUUUCUGGCUCUCUCACUGGCUCUUUGACUGGAAGCACAUUAUCUUCAGUUUCACCUCGCCUGGGCAGUCACACCAUGGAUUUUUUUGAAAUGUGUGCCAGUCUGAUUACUACUUUAGCCCGUUGAUAAUUUGUCCCUAGUUUCUGUCCUUCUAUAAUUGCACUGUGAAAAUCAGAUAUAUUCUUUAAAUUAUUAUCUUACUUCUGGAUAUCACAUAUUCUGCAAUACUAGUUGAGAGACAUGAAUAUUUCCAGGGGACACUCAAUGCCAUUGAAAUUACUGAAAACAAAAAAAGUCUGACGUUUUAUUUACUUGUAGAAAUCUGUAAUUCUAUUGUGUCUGUGAUAAAUUCACACAGGCAGUAUCUUUAAUAGGUAAACACCAAUGAAAAUGGUUAAUUUACAGUGAGUUCACUAUAGAUGAUUAACACACCUCACUGAUGAACCAUCUCAAUCUAAUGAUGGUUUGGCAACACCUCCUUGCUUUACUGUUUAGUGUAGGUAAAUCCAGUUUACUUCCUAAAUUUCAGCAGUCUUUAGGCUGUGUUUAUGCACCUAAUUUUCUUGCACAGGAAGAUUGAAAAAUAAAACACCCCUAAGUAAGAUAUCAUUUAAAUGCUGAAAUGAUAAAAUUCUGCCCCCCAAAUUUCAGAAGCUAAGUUCUUCUAACAGUUUAUGCAAAUACUGCCUAAUGUUCAACAGAAGGGCUGUGGUUCUGUAACAGGGAACCACAGUUUCCAGUUUCCUUACAGCUGUAACCAACUCAGGGUUUUAUCUUGAGAUUUCCCUGAAUAAUAUCUUAAGAGCCUUCAAGGUUCGACUUAGUAUUGGAACAUCUGGGAUUGCAACAAUUUUUGUCUUUUCCAUAACUUAUGUCAUUUUAUAAUAUACCUUCAAAACCUGCCUUUCUCAAAUUCUCUUUGGCUCUUAAUUUUUGCACUUCACCAAGAAUGAUAAAACAGUUAGAUGAAACAAAACAAAUAUCAAUAAUCCCUAAAAGAAAACUCUUAUCUUUGAUUUUUUAUUUUGUGUAGAGGGGAGGGGGUAAGGGGGUUACGGGGUUAGGGUCCCGGGGUCCUGUUGAAUCACGCAAUGCUAAUUCUUCAUUCCAUGCUGAAGUUUGUUAUUGAUGCCAUCCUCUCCCCCUACCUUCCCUAGUCAUCAGUGUCAUUGUUUAAUCCUCAAUGGGUGACUGACUCAACUUUUGAAUCUUUUCUGGUUCCCUUUCUUGGUUGCUAGCCAUUCAGUUUGAAAACACUAUUCUGGCCCUAUGGGCUUUUAUGUACUUCCAAAGCUUGAUAGGCUAUGAUUUUCACUGUUGAACCUGAUAAGGCAGGGAUGCCUUAAACAUUUUUAAAAAUUCUCUCUUGAAUAAAUAUAUGUGUUGUUCAUAUACAUAUAUAUGUAUGUAUUCACACACCAGUGCUUUUAAUCAAAAACCAAACAGAUCUUUGGUUUGUUUGUUUUACUUUGUGCAGGAUUUUCUUUUUUUAAGAUUUAGAAAAACUAUAUAUGGCAGGGUAGAUAAUAGCUCAUUGAUUAUAUUUUAUUUUAGUAAAAGUAUUUAAUUUUUAAAUUAUGUGUAAUUUAUCUAAUUUGUAUUUAUUCAUUUGUUGUGUUUAAUAUGUUGUAAUUAACAGUCUCAUUCACCUGACUCACCCUAGAAAAUAUUAAGCUCUUGAAAACAAAAAAUUACAUUGCCUUGACAGGGUUCUCUUUGCCAAAAAUAAUGUAUUUUCUACCAAGGAGCAAAUGAGAAUUUUAGACCAAGUUUUCCCCUGUGUUUAUGGUAGACAAGCAUGUCUAUUUUUAAAUAGUUUUUGAGUCAGGAGUUUGCAUUGUGUCACAUCAUAUUGUUGUGUAGAUCUUUUACAAAAUGGUGUUAAAUAACUUGUAAGUCCUACUUAAUAUCAAAAUAAGAGGAAUCUUUGUACACCGAUUUGGGAAAGAAGGUGGGGUCGCAGUUUGAGAUAGUUGAAGGUUUAGCCUUUGAAAGAUUGCCAUCUUGUGGUACCAAAGGGUAAUUUUGUUAGUGAUUAUUUUUACAGGGAUAAGCAGUCCUGCUGUGUUAGUCUGAUGUACAUUGUAGAUAUGGCAUCAUUUUGGCUUCUCCAACUGUGUACAUCUUUUGGGAAAAAUAGGGACCCCUCUUACUGUUUGCUUUAUUGUGAAUGGGAUGACCUUAGGAACAAGGAACUAAUAGGAUUCUUUAUCCCCAGUGACAAUAUCCACAAUUUUGAAGCCAGGGAAAUAGUGGGAAGAAAUCUAGUAGUACUUUAGCUUUGUUAAUCUAAUAAAUCAGACUGUGGAACCUUGUUCAUAUCAAAAUUAUUUUAUAUGGAUGGUUAUCAUGUUUUUUGAGAGUUAAAAAUUUAUUUUCUCACUCUUGUUAGUAUUUAUGAACAUCCAUGGUUUGAUAGUUACCUGUUGAAUUUUAGGAGAACCAAAGGUCAAAGGUUUGGUUCUUUUAUGUGUUAAGUUUUUAAAACAUAGCUAUUUUGUGAAUCUAGGUGGCACAGUAUAUUGGUUUGUAGAGAGAUUUUAGGAGACUUGGUCCAGCACAGCAGGGGCUAGAACAUUGUCAUAGCAGGCUUGUUGUUGCCCAUGGGCACAAGAGGGGAAGAAUCAGUUGCUAAUCCCAAAUUCCCACAGUUCAGCCUUGUAAACUGGUUAACUGUGGAUGUGGUAGGUAGUUCUAGGCUUAAAACAGUUUUCUCCAGUUAAGAUUCUGGAGGAUUAUUAAGUCCUGAACUAUAUCAUGGAAUUGGAGUCCAUAUGGUUCUAGAAUAGCAUUUUUCGAAGUGUAUCCUCUAGAUGCCUACAGAAAAAAAGAAUCCAUGGAGUAAGUUUGGAAAAUGUUACAUGCUGCUCUCUUCCUUGAGGAUGACAAUGGAUAUGAGCAUUAAAGACUUUGAUAAAUCCUUCCUUGAAAGAAAGAAAGCCAUAUAACUUUGUUUAACCUUGCUUUGCCCAAAUUAAUUUACUAUUUAAAAAAACUUAACCUCCCAUGAGAUGUUAAGAACUAAAUAGAAUAUUUUAUGUCUGCACCUUGUUUCAUAGCACCUUGGUUUUCUUAAUUAGGUUGUGGUGGUGUUUGAGUGCAACAUUUAUUCUUUUUUAAUAUUGAUGGAUGACUGAAAAACCUUAAAUAAGAUUACUUGUUAAAAAAAAAAAAACUAAGUCUAGUAACUCAAGCUUAUGGAUCUGUGGGUAAUGAGUCAAUAUCACUGAUUCGUAUUUUCAAAAUAUGUAGUCAGUGCACAUUUUCUAAAUACUUUUGUUUGGGAUACUAUAUGGAGAUGUAAUUCCUGUUAUUUUUCAGUGUAAGAACAGACAUCUUAAAUUGAAUAUGCAGGGAGGGAGGGAGGCAAACCAUUUACAAGUUGAGUUCUUGUUUUGAUCAGCACAUCUUUAAAGAGAGACUUUUGGAACCUCUAGUGUUUGCAUUUCUUGAUAUUAGCCAUCUAUAAAGAGAAUCCAGGAACCUAAAUUAAUCAGAAAUAAUAGUAUUUCUAUGUCAAGGAAUUGGCUAUUUGUCACACAGACAGUUCUCCAUUUUCUGUAAAUACAUUUUCCAUGACAGUUACAUAAUUCUGGGCUUGCUUUCUCAUUCCCUAGCAAGUUUGUUCUUAGGGAAUACCAAUUGGUUUUUAGUAUCUAGAAAAUAAUUAUAAACAACUAUUACAGAUUUUUUGUCUAUUUUAUCUGUGCCAUCUAUUAAUGUGCAGUAUAUUGAGUUAAUGUAGGCACCGCACCUUCCAUUUAUAAAAUGUAAAAGCCCAGAAUAUGUCUGCCACAGACAACACAUCUUUGUCUGUUCACUGGUUAAUAACUUAAAUCUUGGUAAUGGAUGUAAAAUCUCAAUAUCUAAAUGCUAGACACGUUCACAAUUUUGUCUGAUUUUGUUCAUUUUUAAAGACCCAAACCUUUUUAAUCUGGCAUUUCUUUACCUGGUCCUGUCACCCUGUGGCUUUUUAAAUAGGGAAUGUAACUUAUUUUAAUAGUAGUUCUCAGAGACUCUAUUACAAACUCUGGAUGAGGGAUAUGUGCAAUCUGUUGGUAAGUUGCAUCCUAUGUUGGGCCUCAUUUUUGUAAUCCCUGAAAUGGGAGAAUAGAUUAAAAGACCUCUAAGGUAACUUUGAGCUUUAAAAUUCUUUCUUUGUUGCCUUUUCAUAUGAUUUGUGUUCACUUUUUAUGUAUUUAAAGUUUUUAUACUAGUGUUAAUGUUCUAUUUUGGUUUGGUAUGAGGCAUUUUGAAGGUAUCUACUUGAAUAUUUUUCUAAAUACAGCUACCCUCUGGAAUACAAAUGAUAAAAAUCAACCAGAAAGCCAAACAUGGUAAAACAUCAUGUCCGCUUGGCAUGGAGCAAACACUGCUAAUUUGAGUGAAGUGUUCCAUAUAUUUUAAUAGUGAUUUUUAGAUCCAGAGACCCUCCAUAUCUGUUAACUUACUAUUACAGUAACCUUGUGAGGUAACGAGAAAAAGUAUUUUUACCAUUUUCCAGAUGAGGAAGCAUGACCGAAAGGUUCUUUAUAAAGCUUUAAUGCCAUUCAAAUAUUCAUCAGUAAUCAAUGCUCUCUAUUGUAUACCACCUUUCAUCUGGGGAAGAACAGCCUGAAUUAAUGAAAUAUCUGAGUAGUUGAGUAAUAAAUGGAUGUAUUGCUUUCAAGUCUUAGAGUGGCAUAAAGUAGUCUUAACUAAAUGUUUCUUAGUUUAAUUAUUUGAACUAGUUGGUUGUACUAACUAGAUGUAAUUAUCUGAAGUGUAUGAUUAGCAUAUUGAUUUUUAUAAGUAUUCUAAGUUUUUGAGGGUACUCAAUAAGUACUGAAGAACUUUGGGACAUGAUUCUUCCUGUACUUUUAUUUAUAUGACUCUUAUAACACAACUUUUUUUAAAAAAGGAAAACUAGCCCCAGUCCCUAUCUAAAUUAUCAUAGUUUUUGACUUAUCUGAAUUAGGCUUAUCUAAAUUUCAUAUACAAAUUGAUAAUUUUUCAUUUUAUGUGAAAACUAGAUGAUAUAACACUAUUUUCAUAGAGUGUAUUUCCAUUCAGAAACUACCUAAUUAUUGAUGGCUUGAUAGAUUCCCCCAAGCCUUAUAAAACUUGGAAAUAUAACUUAUGUUUGAGCUUUAAAAAUUGUAUAAACCUUAUUAAACAUGUUGUUGACAUCCUUACUUGUCUUUCCUACAUAUAAUUACGAUGCAUUUUAUGCUACUGAACAGUAAUAGCAUGAAGAACAGGACCCAGUCUAGACUGGAUUGAGUUUUAAUUAAACUUCUUCAGCCAUAACCUGAUAAAAAUCAGGUCAGGUCUAGAAGUUAUCAGACUGCAGGCCUGUAUUAAUUUUGUGAGCCAAUGUUAAUGUUUACUGCCAGCUUUGCAUAGCAAUGCCAGUGUGCAGAUGUAACUGUGUAUGUGACUUUUGGUAACUCGUUUAUAUCCAGAGCAGUUUAGGUUUUAUGGAAGUAGCUCAUGAUUACUUGGACAAGCAGGGUAGGUAAAUUUCAAUUAUGUCUAAAGUGCGAUUAAAGAAAUCCUAGAAUAGAGCACUCUUUCCAGGAAAAAGAAUUAUUUAUAGAAUAUCCUAGCAUGAAAACUUUGUUGAACAUCACAGAAUUUUGACAAGGUUCAUACUGUGUGAUUUUUUCUUUUUUAAUUCAAGGUUUGCUACUUUGUGUUGAUUUAAACGAUUUAAAGUUUCAAGGAGGAACAGAAACAUUCUAGCCAAGGAGAAUUGCAUGGUUUUUUUCCUGCUACUUUAAGCUUGCAUUUUUCACAGUUAAAAGUCCCUUUUAAGUAAGUUUUGUUACCAAAAAAGGCCAUUUUUCUAGACAGGUAACAUUUUCCUAAAACAAAAGACUAAAUUGUGCCUUCUCUCUUAAGUUAUAGGAACAGUAAUGAUUAGUAAAAACUUGUUUAAACUGUGUUUUCUUUUUUUCUAAUUUUCCUUAUUUUUCCUUAGAUCUGCGCUUCCAUAUAUGAUCACAUUGUUUGCUUCUGCCUGUUUGUUUUCAAGUUCCUUUGGCCAAACCUCACACUAUCACUGUCAGAAGUUGACUGAAUGUAUUUUCUAUUUCUUUUAUGUUCUUCGGUUGCUUCUCGGCCUUUUGGCUAAGAUCAAGCGUAGUAUCUGUUCUUACCAGUUUAUGUUGCUUCACUCUCUAAGUCACCUUGGUAAAUGUUUGGCUGCCUUCUCAUGCUUUUAAAGUGAAUGCAAUGAAUAGCAAUCUUUGUAGUUAACCCUUUAAAAAGUUUGUAAAGGAAAGAAGAAAUGCAGAGCUCAGAACAAAAUCUAAUUUGGAAUCUGAUUCUUCAUUUGGCUGCUGUAAGCAGCAGCAGAUCACAUGACCUCAUUUAGUUUUCUCAUCUACAAAAUGUGGAUAAUAACCUACCUCACAGAUAUGCGUGAGAAACUGUUUGAAGGCCCUUGUUUAAGUACAGGGUUUAUAUCCCCAUAUUUAAUGUAAAUCCCUUCCUUUUUUUUAAUAGAUAUCUUUGAUACUGAUAGGAUGAGUAUCUUGAUUUUUUGGCAAGUUUUAUGUGGUAAGAACAUAGUGGUAAGAAUGUUUAAGACCACAGUUUCACAAAUUAUGAUGUUCUUAUUUUAAGUAACAUUUUAAAUUUCUUGAAAAUAUCAAAUAUUUGAAUAUUACACUUGUCUUUUGUUGCAACAAGUAUUUUUAUUCAAAACUUCUUAAAAUGUUGGCUGAAGCUGCCUUAAUGUACCAAAUACAGCUUUCUCUCAAGACUGUUCACAACAUCUGUGGUUGUACAACGUUUUGAAUGUUUAAUGUAAAGUUGUUAGAGAACUGUGAACUUUAAGGAUGGUAUCGAUGUUGUUUUAGGAAGAAAGGUUGUGUUCUUUAUCGUGUAUGCUUAAAUAUACAGAGGAUUUUGCGUGCAACAAAUAAAACUGAAAGUUGACGGUCAUUAGGCUAUGUCCAUGACAAUCAUAAGAUAAUAUAGGAUUGGAUAUUAUUCAAUUUUUUAAAGAACAUCCUGCAUUGAUUCUUUCUUAGCACAUCUUUAGAAAAGAAAAAAAAAAUCUCAUAGGCUGAUACAUUAACCCAUUGGAGCAUUUGAUUACAUAUCUAUUUAAAACUUUUUUUAAACUGUUGAAAUUGGGACCAAUUUUUAUAAUUGGUUUCAGAGGGGAAAAAACUGACUUCCAGUGCUUUUGUAUUCUAAUAACCAUAGAUUCAAAUUUCAGUUUUGUUUGUUAUGUGUUUUGGGGGGGGGUGUUAAAUGAUCAGUGGGGAUUGUCUUUCAGUAACUGUAUGGAAAAGAUGUCUUCUUGAACUACACAGCAUUUUGUGGUUACAGGUCUUCUCUACUUAAUGUUUGCACUGUAUGAAAAUCACAGGUAACAAACACAAAAGAGAAAAGCAGCCUGUCUGAUUGCUAACACACUUUAUUCACAACAAAAGCAAAUUAAAGUCUCUGUAAUUUGAAAGCUA